AUGAUGCACUCGCCGCCUAAAAGUCGUUCGGAUACCGACCUUUCCAACAUCUCAACUGCGGCAGAAAAACUCGCACGGCCAAGCAGCGGCCUUACUUCAGUGGAAGACGCCAACAAUCGCAAGCGUAAAAAGCCGGAAUCAGAAAUACAAGAUGCAAUUGACACUUUUUCUGCGAUAAUAUAUAAAAAACUUGAUGAUUGGCGUGACGAACUGAGUGAUAGCAUUAAGAAGAUAUCGGAGAAUGUGACCAGCAUUCGGGCGGACCUAUCCAGCUUAACACAAACUGCUACAGAGAUGAAAAAAGAACUUAAUGCUCUUAGAAACAACCACGCCGUUUUGGAGAACAGAAUAUCAGGCAUGGAUUCCAAAUACAUUCUUAUUACCCAAGAUAUCUCUGAGUUGAAAGAAUCUAUCCAGUUUACCGACGAUGCGCAUAACGCCUUAAAAAAGCAGUUUGAAACUGUUUCUUCGCAGGCGAUUAAUUUUGAUUCUAUUAAUAACAUUGUGAAUGGAUUACAGUCUAAGAUAGAUUCAUUAGAACAACAGGCUAGAAGCUGCAACCUCGAAAUAAGCAAUGUCCCGGAAAAACGGAACGAGAACUUAAUUAAGCUAAUGGAGAGUAUCUGUUCUAACAUUAAAUUUCCUUUGGGUCAAGCGAACAUUAUUGCCAUUCAUCGUGUCCCACACGCACUCAAAGAUAACAAUAAACCAAAAAACAUUAUUGUCAAGCUGAGUUCUCGAAUAUUGAGGGACAACUUACUGAGUGCAUUUAGAUUGGCAAAGGGCCUCAAUUCUGACCAACUUGGGUUCUCUGAUAAAGCAAGUCGUAUCUACAUGCACGAACACUUAACCUUGAGUAGAAAAUUGUUGUUUCGCGAAUGUCGCGAUGCAGCCAAAAAGCAUGGUUUCACGUACGUCUGGAUCAAACAUGGUACGGUACUUAUUCGUAAAACCGAUAACUCACCAGCAUUGGCUAUACGAUCGCCAGAAGAUAUAUGUAAAAUUAAAUCUGGAACUGGUACUGUAUGUGAACAGGAACAAUAG